GGAAUGCACCACACGUCAGCUCAAGUUAUACUCAGAGAAGCAGAGGAACUGGGAGGACUGGACUACGAGUUGGGGCUGACCCAGAGGAAGUGGGGGGGUGAGUUGGGGCAAGGCCACAGCAGGGCCAUUUGGCCUGGGCUUCAAGGGACCCUGUAAUCCCAACUACUUGGCACGCUGAAGCAGGAGAAUCACUUGAAUCCGGGAGGUGGAGGUUUCAGUGAGCCGAGAUAGUGCCACUUCACUGCAGCCUGGGCGACAAGAGUGAAACUCCGUCUCAAAGAAAACUAAAAUAGGCUGGGUGCAGUGACUCACGCCUGUAAUCCCAGCACUUUGGGAGGCCGAGAUGGGUGGAUCACCUGAGGCUGGGAGUUCAAGACCAGCCUGACCAACAUGGAGAAACCCCAUCUCUAUAAAAAUACAAAAUUAGCUGGGCAUGGUGGCUCAUGCCUCUAAUCCCAGCUACUCAGGAGGCUGAGGCAGGAGAAUUGCUUGAACCUGAGAGGCGGAGGUUGUAGUGAGCUGGGAUUGCUCCAUUGCACUCCAGCCUGGGCAACAAGAGCGAACCUCUGUCUCAAAAAAUAAAUAAAUAAAUAAAAUAAAUACAUAAAAUAAAUAAAUACAUAAAUAAAAUAGAUACGUAUUUAUGCAAACCAUAGAAAAAUGUUUGGCAACCAUCAGAAGAUACCUGACAAUGUGAAAUAGUUUUAUUACAACUGGCCUGACCUUCAAAGGCCUUCACAGCUCCUGCCUUCAUGCUACCGUCUACUAUGUUCCUCGUGCACCUUCCAGUCAGCACAAACAGGCUGCACUGCCUCCGAAACACAUCACUUGAAUCCUACCUCUGCUCCUUUGUCCAUCUGAAUCACCCUCUCCACAUUUCUGACCCUGUAAUCCUCAUCUCACUUCAUGAGGCAGUUCGCUUCUCUUUUGCAUUUAGCUUUCCCCGGGGUACACUGUCAAUAGCCUACUGUCUGAUGUCAUCAGACAGUACUUCAUCAGAGGCAAUUAUGUCCACAGAGCUUUUGGCUAAUUACUGUGACUCCUCUUUACAUGUGUGCAUAUGCAUAUCAUCUUUCCCUAAUGAGACUGGAAAUCAUGAUUCAUUCCCUGGAGCAGUGGUUUCCAUAAAUGACCAACCCACAGACCAGUGCAAACUGGCUGCAAAAGAGCUUCCUCUGAGGAACUUAUUAGAAUGGAGAUUCUUUGACUGCAUGGGAUAGGAGGAUCUCAUAAAUCUGGGUGUAAUAGGCACAGAACGUUAGGUGUAAUAUGGGCGGGACUCUGGACUCAGCAUAUCCAACAAGCUGCUGGCUGAUUCCGAUGAUGCCGAUGAAUUGCCAGGUUGGGAACUGCUGCCCCCAGAGAACCUAGCAGAGAGCUCUGUACGUGGUAGGUGCUCACUCCCCUAUUGUUUGGGUGUAUGCCUCCUGAUAAUGAACUUGAUCGUAACAUUAUUGUUGUAUUAUGCCUGUAUUGUUUCCUUAAGUGAAGGAAGAAUGCUUUUGAGUACCUAAUAGGUGGCAAGCUCUGUGCCUACUUACAUACAUGAACUAUUCCUUUUAAUAACCUUUGGAGAUAAAGUGGCAUUUCCAUUGGGCAUUAGAAAUCUGAAGACUUUCGUUUACAGCUGUUGCAACAGCAGAACUAGAAUUCGACCUCCGACAUUUCUGCUCACCAGAGGGCAUGAACUGCUGGUUUGUACCUGGCUUGCAGAUACCUUCUUUGGGCAGCACAAUGUUCAAAAUUAAAAAAACUACCAACACUUCUAAA